GGCGCGCGGCGGAGCGCAGCCCACGUGCGUCCGCGCCACGUCUCGGCCCACCCGCGCCUGAGCCCCCGGGGGAGCCGCUGCCACGCGCCGCGAACUAGCCGGUAACUUCGCGCGAAGUUUGGCAGCGCUCCUCGCCGCAAGCUCGAGGCCGGCCGGGCCCCCGGGGAUGCGCCCGCUCGGCCGCCGCGGGGUCCCCACGGCGCCCCCCGCGCCGCUGCUGCUGCUGUUGCCGCUGCUCGUGUCGCUGCUCGGGGCGGCGCGGGGCGUGGGCGCGGGGUCGGGCGCGCCUGCAGAGCUGCGGGUCCGCGUGCGGCUGCCCGAUGGCCAGGUCACCGAGGAGAGCCUGCAGGCGGACAGCGACGCCGACAGCAUCAGCCUCGAGCUGCGCAAGCCCGACGGCACCCUCGUCUCCUUCACCGCCGACUUCAAGAAGGAUGUGAAGAUCUUCCGAGCCCUGAUCCUGGGGGAGCUGGAGAAGGGGCAGAGUCAGUUCCAGGCACUUUGCUUUGUCACCCGGCUGCACCACAAUGAGAUCAUCCCCAGUGAGGCCAUGGCCAAGCUUCGACAGAAGAACCCACGGGCGGUGCGGCAGGCCGAGGAGGUGCGGGGCCUGGAGCACCUGCACAUGGACGUCGCCGUCAACUUCAGCCAGGGGGGCCUGCUGAGCCCCCACCUCCGCAACGUGUGCGCCGAGGCCGCGGAGAGCAUCUACACUCGCCAGGAGGACGUCCGGUUCUGGCUGGAGCAAGGUGUGGACAGCUCCGUGUUUGAGGCUCUGCCUGAGGCCACGGAGCCCUCGGGGCUGCGGCGCUGCGGGCAGGUGGGGGACAGCGGGAGGCCAUGCAUCUGCCGCUAUGGCCUUAGCCUGGCCUGGUACCCGUGUUUGCUCAAAUACUGCCACAGCCAUGACCGGCCGGCCCCCUACAGGUGCGGCAUCCGCAGCUGCCAGAAGAACUACCGCUUCGACUUCUAUGUGCCCCACAGGCAGCUGUGCCUCUGGGACGAGGAGCCCUAGCUGGGCAGGGGAGAAGACGGUGGUCCCUGAGGUGGCUGCUCUGGGUUCCCUGCUCUUCCCCAGGCCACCAGAGGGGGUGGCACCCCUCCCACUGAUGCCUUAUUUCCCUCGAUCACCCGGGAGCCUCUGGCCCCAUCACAUGAGACUGUGAAACGGGGUGUGGCAUGGCAGGGGUUAACUCAUGGAGGCAGCCCUCCCCACUCACCCUGUGCCUCCCUUGGGGAGAGAGAGAAGGGGGCUUUCCAGAUUUGCCACCCUUCCCUUAAGCUCCCCCUGAAGUGUUCUCUUUCAAGCAACCAAAUGAUGGCCCGUGACUCUAUUUAACUCUGAAGGUUUCGAUCCUGGAAGGUGUCUGUGCCUGUGACACCGACCUACACACACACACACACACACACACACACACCCCUUCACCGACUCACCCAUCUGGAAGGAGCCGGCCCCUCUGCACCACCCAAUGUCCACCAAGGAGGGGAUCCCUGCCCCGGAGUGGGGGCUGCCGGGGACCGUCGCCGUAGCCCCUACACCAGAGCACAGCGCAUUCUUGUCAUUGCUGGCCUCCAACGCUGGGGCACGUGAGGACCUCCCAGCCCGGAGACAAACCAUAUGUGCCUUUCCCCCGACCCAGACCUUGUGGGGACCACAGGCACCAGCGUCCUGCACUCUAAACGGAAAUAUUUUUGUAAGGCUCUGGGGCAGGGAGGGAGCAUGAAGUACCAGGAAAACUUGAAUCCCAGAUUUUUAAUGCAAAGUAUUUAUCAUUUGUACCAGAAAUAAAAGUUUAAAU